AUGGAUAUUAUUCACAUUUUGCCAUCAUGCAAUCAAAUUGAUUUCACGACAGUUCCACAACAACAUCAAAAAAUUACUGGAAUAUUUUCUAAUGUAGUAGAUACAAUAACAAAAUCAGUUUUAUUAACAACGACGAUUCAUUCUAUGUCAUAUGAAAGUCAACGUUAUUUCGGUAAUUUUAUUAAGAAAAAUGAUUUACCUGUACCAUUUGCAUAUUAUAUGUGGAAUAACCAAACAAAUUUUGUCGAAUAUAAAAUCAACUUUAAUUUAUUGUCUGAAAUAAUGUGUCUCACAAGUGGUCAAUAUAUUUUACAAGUUGGUAGUGAGUCAACGAUUGGGAUGGGCAAGACCAGCAUGUUACAAUUUAUGUUUCCUGAUAAACGUAGCGAAGCAUUAAAUACAGAUGGAAAUUCUACUCUUCGAAAUGGAUGUAUCGAUGUACUUUUUUCACCAGAUGGAGCAGGUCAAAAAAGUGAAUCUUAUGUUAUCUUUGAUGCACAUGGAACAAUGAAUAUUUUCAAUGAAGAUAUCAUCACUUCUAUUCAAACAUAUUGUUCACUUCAAAUUCUUUAUGUUACAGAAAAGGAUCUUAAUGGUGUAUUUUUAAAUUCUAUGAUGAAUUACUCAGAAUGCAUAAAAACAAAACCUACUAUUGUAGUCAUUUUCGAUUCUAACUAUGAUGAUAAACGAAUUGGUGCAGAACAUAUUAUUAAUGCUUUUCAAUCACAAUAUCAUCACUGGAAGAAUGUGAGAUGGACAACCGCGCCACCUUCUCAAUUAUGGUAUCAGCGUGAUCAUAACAAAAAAAAUAAAGAUUUAACACGCUCACAACAGCUUCUUAAAUCAUUUAAAGAAUUAAGAGAAAGUAUAAACGCAGAAGUACAAAAGUAUAUUAAGUGUACAUCAAUAUUUUCAAUUCAGUCCUAUUAUCUUAGUGUUAAAAUUUCAACAAAUUCUAGUGCACCCGUUCAUUAUCAUUUUGAAAUUGAAGAUCGUCUUAAACAACUAUUCGGUGGUUUAAAUGAAAAAACAGAAAAUCUUCGUAUUGCAACUCCAGUUAGUUACUUGGAUUCUGCAAUAAAACAAUGUGAGAAAGAGUCGUCAAAUAAUUGGGACGCUCCUCAAAAAGAAAUACAAACUCGAAAAGAAAAUUUAAUUCAAGAACGAUCAAAAAUUGUAACUAUCAAUCGUCAUACUGGUUUUUUCGUUGAUCUAUUGACAAAAUGUUCAUAUACGGAAUUAUUAAUAACUGAAAAAUUUUUGGAAAAAUGGCGAUCACAAUUUGAAUCGACAUUACUUGAACAAUUAAGCAAAGCAAAAAUAGAAGCCUCAAAAUUAAAUUCACAAAUGAAACAGAUAGAAGAACAUUUGUCAACUGAGAAGAUAGAAAUACAACAAGAACUAUGUAAUGUUAAAAACGAAUUUGAUCAACAACAUAAACUCGCCAAUGAAAUUAAUCAGAAACUAAUGAAUAUUGAUCUAACCAUUGGUCUUUUUUGUGAUGAAAUAAUGGCUUUAUAUGACCUUUCACCACAUAUGUUUAAUUCUCCAAGUCUUAUGCAGGAUAUUGCUAAAGCAUUCGUCAAUUUAAUGCAGAAAGGUUUUGCAAUUCAUAUACUUCGUGGCCGUCCAUUACGCUGUCAUAGUCGAUUGAUUGAAGAAAGUAUAAAGUUCCUUUCACCAACAACACAAGAACCACCAUUGGUUUUAACAGUUAUUGGAGAGCAAUCGUCGGCUAAAUCAUCAUUAAUGAAUACAACAUUUGGUUGUAAUUUUCGUGUUAGUGCUGGACGUUGUACAAUUGGAAUGUAUAUGAGUGUUAUUCGUUGGAAAUCCAAAACAAUCGUGAUUUUUGAUACAGAAGGACUUCUUUCAUUAGAAGAAGCUGGUUCAAUAUUUGAUAAUCAGAUGAUUACAAUGGCUGUACUUUCUUCACAUCUUGUUUUAAUUAAUCAUAAAGGUGAAGUUAGUUCGAAUUUAAAAGAUCUUAUUGGUAUGAGUUUUUACGCAAAACUAAAUAUCGAUAGUCCAAUAAAACCAAAAUUAUUAUUUGUUUUAAGAGAUCAAGCAGAUCUUUCAUCAAAAGAAACAUUCUUUCGACAAUUAACAAAAUUAAAAGAUCAAUUACAAAAUGAUAGUAAAUUUCUUAAAAGUUCAAUUGAUGAUGAACUUGAUAUUAAUAUUGAAAAUGUUUAUUUACUACCAAAUGCAUUUUCGCAUGACACUGAUGCUAUUUCAAAUAUACCACGACGUUGGAGAAAUCAAACAUUUCCACAAGAAAUUAUUAAACUUCGGCAAAUAAUAUUUGACAAUAUCACAAGUACUACAAAACCACAAAGAUUUCAUCAAUCAAACAGAAUUUCAUGUAUCGAACCACAAUCAUCUACAAUAGAUGCAGCAUAUAUAGAUAUGACACAAUUAUAUACAAAAAUUUCAAGUAAUUGGGAAGCAAUUGAUCGCUUAGGUCCGAGAUUGUUAGAAUGUAAAACGCUCUAUGAACUUUCAAUACUGAAAGAACUUCAAACCAUUGCUAAUGAUAUAAUUAAGACAACAAAUACAACUGUCUUUCAACAUGGUGAAAGCUUAAUUGAAAGAUUAUUAUUAGAAUUUUCAAGAGAUGGUUGUAUCAAUAAAGAACUUGAUGGUAUCAAUAGUAAAUUUAAUCAUCUAUUAACUGGAACAAUUAUGCAGGCUGUCAAUCAAGCACAAAUGGAUUUUAAUAAUAAAACAGAAAGAAGUUGUUAUCUGACAGAAACAAAAUUAAAAGUUAGUAGAUAUUUAGAACCGGCAAUUCAUUCUGCCCAACAUUUGUUAAAAGAAACUUUUGAAACACGUAUAAUUGACUUAUCAAAGAAGGCACAAGUGAAUGAUGCACAACAGCAAUUAUUAGAGUCAGUACAAAUAGAAUUCGAUCAACAUAAAAGCCUUGAAACAAAGGAUUUGAAAGAUCGUCUUGAAACGAAAUUCCAGUCUAUGAUAGAACAACAUCGCAAGAAUCUUCAAUCAUCAUCGAAAACAGAAAGUGAUAUUACACAGAAUAUUUUAAAUUUCUACACCAGUUACCUGUCCUGUAAAGGACGAGAGGCAAAUCAUGGAAGUAUUUACAAAUUAUUGUAUUCUAUAAAUGAUGAAGAAGCGUUUAAAACGCAUUUCAAAAGAAUUGAAAGUUGUUUAUCAAGCUUUUCAGGACAAGCAACGCAACAGAUUUCACACAAAGUUGAUAGUUUUUGGAAACUUUUCAUACCAUGUGUUUCAGGACCAUCAAAUAGAUAUAACGAUUCUGUAUGGGAAAAGUUAAAAGAUGACCUAAAAUGGUUUACAGAUAAUACAAAAAUUAACAAAAGUAAGGAAACCUUUCGACAGAUAUGGGGUAAUGUUCUACCGGAAUUUCGAGAAAAUCUUUUAACAUCAAUCCAGGCCACACAAUCUUUGUCAUCAAAUCCAACGACUGUUCAGCAUCUUUUUCAAUACAUCGAAAAUGCAAUGAAUUCUCCAUGUAUAACAAGAAAAAAUUAUAUAGAGAAACAUGUAUUCUGCUCAGAUCUAGCUGUAAUUGGUCUUGAUACCAUAAUUGUCGAAGCAAUAGCAAAAGAAAAAUCAGAUUAUGAAUUAAAUUUACAAAAUUCAACAAAUGAAAUAAAAGAAUGUAAAGAUAAUUUAUAUAAACAAUGCAUGGCAAUGAAAGACUCCAUUGAAUUAGGACGAACACUUGCUGAAACAAUCGGAAAACAGAUUAUCGAGGAAAUCGGUCAUCUUUUACAACGUAGAAUUGACAAAGACAUAAGAGAGGAUAUUAUUAAAAGUCAAUUUAUUAAUCAUGAAGCUAUACAAAAACAAGCUUAUGAAGAGAGUAUAAGUCAAGCAAAUGGUGAGAAUAUUCUUAAAUAUAUUUAUGAUAUGAAUCGAUAUUUCAUUGAAUUGAGUUUAAAAGAAAUCAAAAUAACUUUACAUACUGUAACGCAUCAUCAUACAUUAAACUUUCAACAUUUAAUUAUCAAAGCAAUUAAUACCGCAAAUAAAUGUGUUCAAGAAAACACAUAUAAAGACACUCUUGAAUUAAGAGAUGGAAUACGAAAUGCAAUUCUUGAUAUACCUGAAUUGAAAUCGGCACAAUCAUUGGAAAGAGAAUUAUACUCGAUGUUUGCAUUGAAUAAUGUUAUUCGCAUGACAAUUACAGAUAAAAAACUAUUUAAACAAGGCUUUGAAAAUAUUUGUACGUAUUAUAAAGAUGUUGAAAAAACAAUAAACGAUUUAACAAUAAAUAUCAAAACUGAAGCAUUUAACAGUUGUAAGCAGAGCAUUGCAUCACGACUUGGUUGCCAAGCUCGAUGUCCAGGAUGUGGUACUAAAUGUAGUAAAAUAGAGCCUCACCAUAAAGAAGACGUUGAAGUCUGGCAAAAUCCUUGUGAAAAGUGUUCACCAAAUGAAUGCACGUGUACACAUCCUAAACCAAGAUAUAUUGAAACUCAUGAGAGUACAUAUCACUUGGCCAGCGCAUUUCAUGGGUGGAGGUAUCACAAACUACAUACACCGUAUCUUGAAUUAUGUUAUCAGCGUUGGACAACAAUAGGUGUUAGUGUAAGAAAACAACAGUCACCUAAUUACUUGCAGAAUGAAAAGAGCAACGAGACUGAAGAUGAAUAUGAAGUUGUAUUUCCAAAAGCUAAAUACUAUAAUGAAAGAUAUCCAGCAUGGUAUAAUAACUUAAAAAAACAAUCAACAGAAGGUAAUGCAUGCAAUGAGUCGAUUCCACCACCUGAUCAAAGACGUGCUUGGAUGGUUGUUCGGCAUGCAAUUAUUAAACGUCGUAACGGUGCUAUGAUUGAUAACAAAGAAUAUGAUGAUAAGUUAUAUCCAUUAAAUGUCGAAACUUUACCAGCAGAUUUCGAGCCAGUAUGGAAAGACGAAAAUUUUGAAUAA